GGGGAAAUGCAUGGCACGAGAUACGACAGCCGCCAUACUUAGCCAGAGCCCAGACAGGAUUUCUAGUUUUCUAAAAUUCUACGACUAAAAUUAUUCUGAAACUAAAAGCUACCAUACAACAUGGCAACCAAACUAGUCCAGUGGCUCACAGUCUUUUUUCUUGUUGCCAGUAUUUGGAGUGCCCUGUUGUUUGACCUCAUCCCAAUUCGGUUGGAUGAUACAUUAAAAGAAGUCAUAUGGCCGUUCCCAGCGUAUUUUCUUGUAGUAUUUGGGUGCUUUUCCCUUGGAACCAUUGGAUAUCGAGUUGCUACUUUUAAUGAUUGCGAAGAUGCCGUAGUUUCACUUAAAGAGGAACUCAAAGAAGCAAGGAAAGAUCUGACCAGCAAAGGAUUUACAUUCUCAUGACACGGUGGAAUGUAUAGACUCUAGAAAUAAUUGAAACAUCUCAACAGCCGUAUUUACUUUAUAAAGCAAUUGAUUUAAACCUAAAGAUGAUAAUUGCCACUGUGUCCCGAUACUCUUGUGUUUGUACUCCAGUUUUCAUUCCAUGCUUUUGGCUGUAAAUUUGUAAUGGUUGGAAAUCAUGAAUACAGAAUGGUCUUUAUAUUCAAACUCAUCAGGAGAUAUGUGCACCAAGUAUCAGGAACCCAUCAAGUUGCUGGCGGCAACAAGAGGAAUGAUUGCCCAGAGGAUUUAAUAUGAUGGUAUCCACAAGUGGAAGUUUGCUCAGUGUAGUUUGAUUCAUUAUAGCAAAUAUAGCAAGCAAAUCUUCAAUGGUUAUCCGUUUAUUUUUUGGAUAGGAUAGGGUGUACUAUGAUCUUAUACUUAAAGGGAAAUCCAACCUGAACAACAAACUAAUAUAAUAGAAAGCAGAUAAAUCAGAGAAGCACACUGGUGAAAAUUUGAACAAAAUUGGACAUAAGAUAAGAAAGUUAGGAAUCAAAUAUUUAAUAUUUAUAUGUUAUGUAGUGCCCGAAAGGAGAAAUUUAUUUUUGUAAACAACAAAUUGGAGAUGAGUCUGCAUAUGUCACAAUCUAGUGCCCAAAUUGCCAAUUUGAGAUUCGCAUAGAUACAGUGACCUAAUAAUUCACACUUGUAUAACUUUCUUAUUAUUAUCACAUUUGUUUCAUAUAUUAAUAUUUAUGUGGGGGAAGGUUUUUUUUUCUUGUUAUUUCUCUUUCUAUAAGCCUGAAUCUUGCUAUAGUAGCAAGUUAUGUACCGGUGAGGAGCCUGCUUGCUUUAAACCAGGGCCCGUCUUGUAAAGAGUUGAGAUCGAUCUGAAUUAAUCGCAAGACCUCCAAUCAAAUGCAAGUUUACAGUCUCGUAUCUCUUAUGUACAUACAGUAGUUGAGAUUGAUAUUAAUCGCAAAUAAGUUCUGAUUAACCGUAACUGAUUAAAAGACGGGGCAAUAUGUACUGCUCUAAAUAGAUGCACUCACUACAAAGAGAUACUGUCCAUAUAAUUUGUGAAGACUAAGUCAUGGAACUCAUUGAACAACAAAUAAGUAAAUCAUAAUAUGUAAAGGGCAUUUUUUUCGUUGGUUCAGGUAUUUGUAAAAAAUCCUGAAACUGAGAAAGUAAGCAUAUUGCGGUAUUAAACAAAUCUUAUUAACUUUGAUGCUAACUUUGAGCAUAAAAGUUGAAUAUCAGUGCUUCAUAUGGAUGAUGUAUUUAAAAAUUUUAACCCCAUGUUUUGUUGUAUUGUGUCUGUCUCUAUCAAUGUGUCCAUUAAAAAAAAACUUGUAAUAAAACUAUACAUCUCAAAAAUUCACCUAAGUCUCAAGUUCAUAGACAUUUCCAUUGACAUUCAAUAGGAUUUCUAAGAACUUAAACAACGGUUUCAUAAAUAUGGCCCUGUUGUGUUCAUGCCUUUCUGCUUGUUUGUACUGCUUGUGUCAUUUUAACUGUUAUUGCUAUUUGAUUUAUGCCAAAGUGGUUUCUAGAAAGAUAUGACAUAUACUGUAUAUGUAAUUAAUGGUAAUAGAAUUUCUUCCAUAUUUGUCUGUAUAAUGUGCUUUUUUUAGGUUUGCCGAAUCAAUUUUUUGUGUAUAUACAUGUAAACCGACUUGUAUUUCAAACUGUAGGUCGCAAUAAAACUGACUAGAAUUAUAAUCAUUAAAUGGA